CCCUGUUGCAUUUUGGGACACCUGAUUGACGCGGCGGCCAUUUUGCCCGCUGGACGCUGUCUUCUAUUGUGGAUACGAAGAAGGAAAUAGUCAAGCCAAACCUUUCUCGCCACUUCUGUUCACUUUUUCCUUGGGGUGAUCCUUAGUAGCAAUGGCACGUACCAAGCAAACUGCCCGUAAGUCCACUGGUGGCAAAGCUCCACGUAAACAGCUGGCCACAAAGGCUGCCCGCAAGAGCGCCCCGUCCACUGGAGGUGUGAAGAAGCCCCAUCGCUACAGGCCUGGUACCGUGGCUCUGCGUGAGAUCCGUCGUUACCAGAAGUCCACUGAGCUUCUGAUCCGCAAGCUGCCCUUCCAGCGUCUGGUGAGAGAAAUCGCCCAGGACUUUAAGACGGAUCUGCGCUUCCAGAGUGCAGCCAUCGGCGCUCUGCAGGAGGCGAGCGAGGCCUACCUGGUGGGUCUGUUUGAGGACACCAACCUGUGUGCCAUCCAUGCCAAGCGUGUCACCAUCAUGCCCAAAGACAUCCAGCUGGCACGUCGCAUCCGCGGGGAGCGUGCUUAGAUACUUGCUCUUUCUAUUCCUCCCUCACCCGUUUGUCACGUCCCCCUCUCCUGUGUAAGUAGUUUGUAGGGAAAAGUUGUUCUGGUUAAGGUGUAUAGUUGUGUGUUUCUUAGUGCUCUCAGUGGGAGACUUCCCUUUUUUCUGUGCAUGUACCAAAUCUUUGGUGAUGUGUCCCAGUUGUCCCGACUCUGUCUCCACACUCUUGCGGUAGGGUGGAGACCAUGGUAAUGGAUACAAACCACACAGAUGACUCCAGUGCAAUCUUUGUAGGGACAGACCCGAGGAUGGAUGCUUAUCUGCUGGGGGCUUCUUCCCAGCACGGUGCUAGACAAUCCUCCUGUGCCGGUGAUUAUGCACCAGCCUUAGCUGCCGAGUAUGCAGAGACCACAGCACUGCUGCUCCCUCUGGCUGCACUCUGUCCCUGCAGGAGUCUGCAUGUGUGGUAGCUCCAUCCACAACAGAAAAGUCUACUCAACCCAUCAACAUUUCUUCAGACGGUGAUUAGAAUAUUGAUUAUUGAUGAUAUUCUCCAUAAGUAGGAUUUUAAUGCUGUGUGGAAAAGCCUUUUUUCCCUGCUAGGCCAUGGAGCUGAGUGGAACGAUCCAAUUUGAAAAAGAGAACAACAAUCUGAAAUGUGAAAAGUGUGGUUUCUAACAUGGACCCUCUUCUACAAUGUUUUUUUUUUUUUCAGAUAGACUUUAUUGUGAGAGGUUUAUAUAAGGUGUUUUUCCAAACAAUGUGAUAAAUAUUUUCAACUCAGUGUCUAAUGCCAAAAAAUAUGGAUCAUAGUCCCUCUGCCUCUACUUUAUUGGCUUUUGGUUUUCCCGACGGUCUAUCAUCUGUACUUUUUCUCAGGUUGACUCAUCACCCUUAAUCACCCAACUUAAUUAUUCAUUUGAUGUUUUUUUAUGUGCGUUUUUUUUCUCAAAUUCUUUUUGACAUUAGUGAUGUUUUAAAAAAGCAAUGUUUGUAAUUCCCGGAUUUGUCAUAUAAAGUGGUAAUAAAUGGAUGUUACACACA